CCAUCAUUGAUCAGAGACUGAUGGGGGAUUUGGAGCAAACGACAGUAGAGGAGGUGCAACGAACAGGUUUGCCCCCAAGGACCAUCCUUCAGAUCACUGCCUGCUGCUUCUCCUUCGUGAGCCUCUUGCUGCUCAUCGUUGCCCUGGUUUCAGACUACUGGACAGUGGAUUCGGAGGGCACGCGCACAGGACUAUGGCGAAUAUGUCAUGCUGAAAAAUGUAUGUCAUAUGGGAUGGAGGCACACGCUCAUGAACACGCCGCCCGAGCCUUCUUGUCGUUAGGGAUGAUUUUCGGCACCACUUCAUUCUUUUGUCUUUGUGCCUCAUUUUUCUACACCCACGCUACCUCCGUUUCCAUACAGCGUUUUUCGUCAAAGGCCAGCUUUCUGGCAGGUGUUUGCGCAAUGUUGGCUAUGUCCAAAUUCACAAUAAUGUACAAACGUCAAUUCUCACACCUUGAGUCAUGGUUUGGAUGGUCCCAUAGUACUGGCUGGGCCUCGUUCCCGCUGUUUCUUAUAACUGCUGGGCUCGCUUACAAGACAAUCUCUAGUCCUACAGAAACAUGAACGGUAACUUUGGGAUGGUGUCUGGUUCUCAGCUGUUUGGGCAGAGUUCAGAUCCAGGGAACUCAAUCUGGAAGAAAAAAAAAGAAAGGCAACAUCCCCACUUUCGAAGGAAAGGAAAAUGAUUUUCUCCCCUUUGAGUUGUUUGCUUUUGUGUGAAGAAAUUACUUUUUAACAUUCAGUACUGUUCUUUGCCCCUGUAGUCAGAAUAAAGAGACUCACACAGGUGCGUUGAUAUAAAUAAAGGGCAAUCUGGA